GUGGUUGCUUCGGUUUUUAGAAUCCUCGGGUGCGAAAGCUCUCCUCGCUCAAGGAAGCAGGGCGAGGCGGGACGCUUAGCCUGGGGUACCCGGGUCUCACCUGGUCCCCAUGAAUAACAAGGCGCGGGUCCCCGCUCCCUCCUCAGUCCGGGCAAACACCCCGGCCCGGACACCCGCUCCCAUCCGAACCGCGACCCCAGUCAGGGCCCCGAACCCAGCGCACAACUCGACUCCAGUCCGAACUUCCAUCCGGGUCCGGGCUCCUGCCCAAGUCCCUAACCCUGUUCCAAUCCGGUUCCCAACUCCAGCCCCAGUCCCUGCCCCAACCCUAACCCCAGCCCCAACUCCAGCUCCAGUCCGGCAUGCAGCACCGGUGCGGACUCCAGCACCAGUCCGGGCCCCGAAUCUAGGUCGGGUCUUUCCUAAGAUCUCUCCAGGCAGGUUCUUCCCGAGCUUGGCCUCGCCCACGGCACAGCCCCUUUCUUCCAGGGCUGCUAGCGCUCUCUUGAAGGAUCCCACACUCGCUCAAAAUCAGAAACCCUCGAUCCACAGCCUAGCGGAGGCCAUCCAGGGGCCCCUUCCAGUGCUCACUCCCUCGUCCUCCAAGACACAAGGCUCCAUACCGGACACCGCCUCUCCCAUAGACUCCUUGGCUUCUACUGCCAUGGCCUCCAGUACAUUGGGCCCCAUUCCGGGCCCCAACCCUACACUAGAGUUCUUGGCCUCCCCGCUGAAGGAAACCCCUGGUCUGGGUAAGCUCUCCACGAUUUCCCCAGCACCCAGCUUCGGUUCCACUAAGGAGAUCCCAUCCACCAGCGAGGACGUCCCAACGCCCAACAGAAUCUUGAUCCGUGUGAUGUACUGUGGCCUCUGAAGCUAUGGCCUUCGGUACAUUAUACUGAAAAGGACCCUGGAGCAUCAAUUCCCAAACCUUCUGGAGUUUGAGGAGGAAAGAGCUACCCAGGUUACAGGGGAGUUUGAAGUGUUUGUGGAUGGGAAGCUGAUCCAUUCCAAGAAGAAAGGUGAUGGCUUUGUGGAUGAGUCCGGUCUGAAGAAACUUGUGGGUGCUAUUGACGAAGAGAUCAAGAAGAGGUAGCAGCAGCAACGGAGGGGACAUGAGUGAGGUGCUGUGGAGGGCCAGGAGGAAGCAUGCAAGAGCCUCAGCAGGAUGAUGAGAAGGGCUGAAAUGCUGCCAAACCAGGUCCUUUUCUGAUGGUGGCUGGGGCUUGGGUGGGGCUUGGGAGAGUAAAGAAAAAUGUAAACUGCU